AUGUCAGCUCUCCAAACCCUUCAACACUCAUUCGACACCAUGCCUCAACACUACAUGUCGCCAGAAGAGCUGAGUCAAGCACUCUGCACCGAAUACUUCGCGAAGCAGAGUGAGAUUCUGGAUACACUACACAACUCACAGACUGGACUUGCUCCCGCCAUGACACUGAUCAAAACGGGAGAGCCGACACCGAAAUACUUAGACGGACGCAAGGGUUGUACACGAAGUAGAGACAGAGAGCGUCCUCCCUGCUCCGAGUAG